GCCGACUGGCAGGAGGGAAAGUUCGGCAGAGGCGGGAGCAGCGCAGCUGAGGGACCCCGCCCGGCUGUCAGCAGUACUGCCAGGGGUUAGGAGAGAGUUCAUGGCAUACUAUAGAGUCACGCUGUCCAGUGAUCAUUUCCAUGCAGUCUCUGGAAGGCUCUGUCCUGCGAAGCUGAGAGUCUGUUCCUAUUCAGCAAUAAUUUCCUCUUUCUCACCCCCAGCUCCCGGCAACCACCAUUCUACUGUGUUCUCCCGAGUCAUAAAGAGGCAGAGAGAACUCAUCAGGGAAAGGACUACCAUGACAGCCUCCUUUACCACUAAGCCAUAAAGAGCAGAAAGAAAAGUGGUGGCGCUGAGCGGUACGCGGUGCUAGCAGAAGGGGGCGGUACUUUCUCUCUGGACCCUGACUGGAAGCCCAGUGCGACUCCAGGGCAGUCACCAGAAGCAGAUGUGCGAGCCCAGCAGCUGUGUGUCUUUCUUUCUGCCGAGACUCUUUUCCAUUACAAGGAGAGAAGCCAGGAUCGUUUUUAACCACUGAAGGACUUAUGUAGCCCUCCAUCCGUGCAGCACCCCCUCGUCUUCGGCACAGCAGGAAGGCUAUGAUGGGAGCAAAUGAAAGAACUUGGAGGAUCCACUUAAUUGAUUGUUUCUGCAUAGACGAUCUUCUUUUGGAAUCAGGAGAGCCGUCUUACAUAAUGGUUGACUUCCAAAGGCAGGUCACCUUCUAGAAGGAAAUGGAUGAAAUUGGUCCAGGGGACUUCAGAGGCAUUGCAGUCUAACCAGGAAAGCCCUUUUGCGGGGCCUUCCCGGCGCCCUGGGAUGCUGCACACGCUGGACGCAUGGCCUGCACCUGAAUGAGGAUGGUCCGUCGUGGGCUGCUGGGGUGGAUUUCUCGGGUAGUGAUUCUGCUGGUUCUGCUCUGCUGUGCCAUCUCUGUCCUCUACAUGUUAGCCUGCACCCCAAAAGGCGACCAGGAGCAGCUGGGACUGCCACGGGCCAAUGGCCCCACGGGCAAAGAUGGCUACCAAGCUGUGCUGCAAGAGCGUGAGGAACAGCAUCGCAACUACGUGAACAGCCUUAAGCGACAGAUCGCACAGCUCAAGGAUGAACUGCAGGCACGUAGUGAGCAGCUCCGCAGCGGGCAGGACCAGGCCAGCGAUGCCACCGGCCUGCGCUCAGGCUGGGACCCUGCACCGAAAGCCCAGGCCGAUCUGCUGGCCUUCCUGCGCGGGCAGGUGGACAAGGCCGAGGUCCAUGCGGGUGUCAAGCUGGCCACUGAGUAUGCUGCCGUGCCUUUCGAUAGCUUCACCCUGCAGAAAGUGUACCAGCUGGAGACUGGCCUGACCCGCCACCCUGAGGAGAAACCGGUGAGGAAGGACAAGCGCGACGAGUUGGUGGAAGCGGUAGAAUCGGCCCUGGAGAGUCUGAAUAGUCCCGUGGAGAGCAGCCCACACCAGCGUCCUUACACGGCUGCGGACUUCGUAGAAGGGAUAUACCGAACAGAAAGGGAUAAGGGCACUUUGUAUGAGCUCACCUUCAAAGGGGACCACACCCAUGAAUUCCAGCGCCUUGUCCUGUUUCGGCCCUUUGGCCCCAUCAUGAAAGUGAAAAAGGAGAAGCUGAACAUGGCCAACACGCUUAUCAACGUUAUCGUGCCCCUGGCGAGGAGGGUGGACAAGUUCCGGCACUUCAUGCAGAACUUCAGGGAGAUGUGUAUCCAGCAGGAUGGGAGAGUUCACCUCACCGUUGUUUACUUUGGGAAAGAAGAAAUGAAUGAAGUCAAAGGAAUACUUGAAAACACUUCCAAAUCUCAGUUUGAUUAUCUCCUGCCUUCUACUCCUCCUGGAGCUGCCAACUUCAGAAACUUCACCUUUAUCCAGCUGAACGGAGAAUUUUCCCGGGGGAAGGGACUGGAUGUCGGAGCCCGAUUCUGGAAGGGAAGCAACGUCCUGCUGUUUUUCUGUGACGUGGACAUCUACUUUACCUCUGAGUUCCUCAACACGUGCAGGCUGAACACACAGCCAGGGAAGAAGGUAUUUUAUCCGGUUCUUUUCAGUCAGUAUAACCCUGGCGUAAUCUACGGCCAUCAUGAUGCAGUCCCGCCCCUAGAGCAGCAGCUGGUCAUCAAGAAGGAAACAGGGUUUUGGAGGGACUUCGGGUUUGGGAUGACUUGUCAGUAUCGCUCAGACUUCAUCAACAUAGGUGGAUUUGACCUGGACAUCAAAGGCUGGGGUGGUGAAGAUGUGCACCUGUACCGGAAGUAUCUCCACAGCAACCUCAUCGUGGUACGCACACCUGUACGCGGCCUAUUCCACCUUUGGCAUGAGAAGCGCUGCAUGGAUGAACUGACCCCCGAGCAGUACAAGAUGUGCAUGCAGUCAAAGGCCAUGAAUGAGGCUUCCCACGGGCAGCUGGGGAUGCUUGUCUUCCGGCAUGAAAUAGAGGCUCACCUUCGCAAACAGAAGCACAAAGCGGGCAGCAAAAAGACAUGACCUCCCAGGCACAGAUUAGUGGAGACAUUUAAGUUGUUUGCCUUAGGCAGUUGCUGAAAAACUGGAUGCAAUAAGGUAUAAACUUCCACACAGGGCGACAAAGAAUCUGGCUGAUGACUUAGAGAUGAAAGGAGCGAGUCUCCGGUUUCUGUAGGCUCGGAGUAUGGUGACAGUGACUGCAUUUACAGCAGAAUGAUCUCUCUGUCCCUGCACACUGAAAUAUUCACAACCUCAGACAAGAUUUGAAAAAGUUCACUAGAAGAGAUGCUAGCGUACUGGCUUCUCUUCUUAGGAAUGGUUAAUUCAGAGGGCUCUGGUGUCCAGGACUAACAACAUCUCAGAAGGAGCAGAGGACCGGCAAGGCAUGGAGAUCGAGCAUGAGCACCCUCCAGGGGACAGGGAGCAAAAUCAAAGGGACCUGGGAACAAACUGUCAAUACUGUCAUCCUCCCAAUAUUAGCCAAAAAAAAAAAAAAAACAACAAAAAAAAAAAACUCUCUCUUUUCAGUUAUCAUUUAGUUACUAUUCUAAAAAUGCACUUUCCUUGUAUUAUUCUUAUUUAAUUACCUAUUUGCAAGACUUAGUAGGAGCACAUUGUAGUAUAUACACUUUGAUGAUUUUAAGAUUUGUUUUUAUUUUUUGUUGAUUUUCUUGGUUUGUUUAUUGGAGAGAGUCUUGACAUAGACCCUGAGCUAACUUUGAAAUAAUGAUCCUCUUCCCUUAGCAGCCCAAGUGCUGAAAUUAUGGCUAUGCACCAGCACAUCUGGCAAGAAGGUACCUAUAGGGGUGUGUGAAGAGAGGUACCUAUAGAGGUGUGUAAAGAGAGGUACCUAUAAGGGUGUGUGAAGAGAGGUACCCAUAAAGGUGUGUGAAGAGAGGUACCUAUAGGGGUGUGUGAAGAGAGUACCCAUAGAGGUGUGUGAAGAGAGGUACCUAUAGGGGUGUGUGAAGAGAGGUACCUAUAGCGGUGUGUGAUGUGAGGCACCUAUAGAGGUGUGUGAAGGGAGGUACCUAUAGAGGUGUAUGAAGAGAGGUACCUAUAGAGGUGUGCGAUGAGAGGUACCUAUAGAGAGAGGUGUGUGAUGAGAGGUACCUAUAGAGGUGUAUGAUGAGGAGGUACCUAUAGAGGUGUGUGAUGAGAGGUACCUAUAGAGGUGUGUGAUGAGAGGUACCUGUAGAGAGAGGUGUGUGAUGAGAGGCGCCUAUGGACAUGUGUGACUAGAGGGGCCUAUGGUGCUGUGUGACGACAGGCACCUAUGGAGGUGUGUGAGGAGAACCCCAGUUGCACAUCUGAGAGCAAAUCUGAGACUUGCCAAACUCGAAGCUAAGGCUGCGAGUGGGCCGCAGAGAGAAAUAUAGAAGCUGUCCAAGACUAUCCGAAGAGGAGCAAACACUGGAGAAAGGAAGACGCUUUCAUCUUCACAGAGAAGGGACGCUACGGCCUUGGUCUCUUUGAUGGAGAACAUACUUUCUCCUCUGGAGAAACGGGGACCACUUCCUUACCUGUUUGAAUAAACCAAAGUUAUGAACCAAACAAUCGCUUUUCAAAGCAGGGUGCUCUUCCUGGUCUCUGGCUUCCAGAAGAAGAAAAUGCAGGAAAAAUAGACACAUAUUUUGUGAAAGACCAGUCCAUCAUUCCAGCGAGAUGGAGGAUUUUGCUACAUUUUCACUCCUUCCUGACUAUGUGGAAGCAAUUUAUUUUUAAAAUAAGCAGUGGCACUUGAUUGCCAAGAAGCUUCUGAAGCUUGCAUUUUCUUACAUCUUCAAAAUCUUUUUUAAAAAAUAAAUAUGGUUACCAUUGAGUGGUUUCUACAUCCAUGUGCAAAUUAUUUAUUUAUUAGCCAGCACCAGAUGCAUGAGCUAAUUACCUCCUCUGUCUCCGUGCCUUCUGUUUGCUCACAGUGAAUUCAUUGUUUAAAUGCUUCAAGAACACUCAAGCUGUGUGCUUAAAAAAACAUUGAAAGCAUUGUAUUGAUUUGUACUGGUAGUUUAUAAAAUUUAAUUAAAACAUGAGACAUGAAUGAAAGGUGGUAUUGCACAGCUAAUAAAAUUUGUGAAUUUGAUUUCU